AUGGCAUCCUUCUCUUGGCGCGGCGUUGCUGCGCUUCUUUUCUGCAGCCCAUUGGCAUCUGCAGCUUUCUAUUCGAUUGAUUCUAAUGACGCGAUCAAGCAAUCCGCCAAGACGCUGGCCUACGAUCUCAUGACAUAUUACAAAGGGAACCAAUCCGGACAAACACCUGGCAUCCUUCCCGGCCCUCCUCCUGCUGGCGACUACUACUGGUGGGAGGGCGGCGCGCUUUGGGGUACCAUGAUUGAUUAUUGGCAUCUCACCGGCGACUCGACCUACAACGAUGUCGUUUCCCAGGCCAUGCUCUGGCAGGUCGGCCCCAACCAGGACUAUAUGCCUCCCAAUGUGACAGCCUCGCUCGGAAAUGAUGACCAGGGUUUCUGGGGCAUGACAGCCAUGCUCGCCGCCGAGGAGAACUUCCCGGAUCCGCCCAAAGAUCAACCUCAGUGGCUUGCUUUGGCCCAGGCCGUCUUCAACACGCAGGCCGACCCUCAGCGACACGAUUCGACGUGCGGCGGCGGCCUGCGCUGGCAGAUUCCAUUUUCCAACAAUGGCUACAACUACAAGAACAGCAUCGCAAACGGCUGCUUCUUCAACCUCGGCGCACGUCUCGCUCGCUACACCAACAAUGAGACGUACGCCAAGUGGGCCGAGGACACCUGGGACUGGGUCACAUCGGUCGGCUUCAUGGACGCCGAAUACAAUAUCUAUGAUGGCGCACACGUAGAGACAAACUGCACCGACAUCAACCGCGCCCAGUUCUCCUACAACAACGGCGUCUACAUGCAAGGCGCCGCCUACAUGUACAACUUUACCAAUGGAAGUGAAGUCUGGAAGCAGAGAUUGGAUGGCAUGAUCGACGGAACGCUUCGUGUCUUUUUCCCCGACAACAUUGCCUUCGAGGUUGCAUGCGAGCAGCACAUGACCUGCACCACCGACAUGCUGAGUUUCAAGGGGUACGUUGCGCGCUGGAUGGCGACGAUGACGCAGAUUGCCCCGUACACCGCCGACAAGAUCCUGCCCAUUCUCAAGACCUCGGCCACGGCAGCAAUCAACCAGUGUACCGGGGGGGACAACCAGAGGACCUGUGGGUUCGGAUGGGCCAGCGGCGUCUUCGACGGCAGCGUCGGCGCAGGGCAGACCAUGAACGUGCUGGGCGCUGUGUCCUCCUUACUCAUCGGACAGUCCAAGGCACCAGUCACGAACACAACAGGAGGCACUAGCGGUGGCAACUAUAAUGCAGGCCAGGGAAGCGACUCGUUCAACAACGCCCUGACACCGAUAACAACGGGCGACCGGGCAGGUGCGGGCAUUCUGACGUUCCUCAUCCUGGCCUCUGCGGCCGGCGCUUUCGGCUGGAUGAGCCUUGGUCCUUGA